CUGUGGCCAUAGCCAAUGAACACGGACGCCGGGGCUCGCUGUAGAGGCGUUCCCAUACGUCCGCUCUACGUAGGCUUUAUCAAGCGUCUUCCCGCGCUUCAGCUUCCCUGUUUCCUCUGCACUCGAGCGGUUGCCACUUCCCCGGCUGUUUCGCCUUUUUUUACAUUUCCAGGACUUGAACUCGCCGCCAUGUCCGAAGAAGGGAAGCUGUUCGUUGGAGGACUUAACUUCAACACCGAUGAGCAGGCACUGGAAGACCACUUCAGCAGCUUCGGACCGAUUUCUGAGGUGGUCGUUGUCAAGGACCGGGAGACUCAGCGUUCCCGGGGUUUUGGCUUCAUCACCUUCACUAACCCGGAGCAUGCUUCAGAUGCCAUGAGAGCCAUGAAUGGCGAGUCCCUGGAUGGUCGCCAGAUCCGUGUGGACCACGCAGGCAAGUCUGCCCGGGGGACCAGAGGAGGGGGCGCUUUUGGGGCCCAGGGGCGUGGUCGCAGCUACCCCAGAGGUGGUGGAGACCAGGGCUAUGGCUCUGGUAGGUAUGAUGCUCGCCCUGGAGGAUAUGGCUAUGGAUACACACGGCCCCGGGACUUUGGCAGAAGCCAGGGGGGUUACGACCGCUACCCAGGAGGAAACUACAGGGACAAUUACGACAACUAAGACGGUGCUCUGCACGUCACAGAGAUACACAAGGACUAACACUUCUGACCCAAGACCAUCCUUCUAAACAGCUGUAUUUAUAACAGUUUUUUGGAGCUGCACUGAAACACCUGUUCUUAACAUCAGCUUUUGUUUUUUUUGAAUUGAGCUUCCCAGGGUAGCUUGUGAAAGACCUUUUUAGAAAGCUCCAUGUAUGUUUAUUACAAAUUGAGUGGUUUCUUUUUUUUUUUCCUUGCAUAUUUAGAGGUAAAUUUUAGGAUAUUUGCAGGGCUUCAGUAUUACUCCUUUCAUUGUUUGGACUCUCAGGAUUAUUUUCUUCUGGACAAAAAAGGAAAAACCUAUUUGGUCAGACCUUUUCUUCCAUUUGUAUCUAAAGUUUUUUUUUUUUAAUGUGUGCACGUUGUUUACCACGGGAAGCAAUUUCCAAAUGUACUUGGAAGAAAUCUGUAUCAACGUGAUAGACUUUUUUUACUCCAGAUCAUUAUCCAGGUUUUAAAGAACUUCAAAAUGUUGGUAAUUGUCAUUUUUACUGAAGUGCUGGAAGAAAGUAUUCUGUUGUGUCUUGUGUGCUUAGAAUAGUCUCAUGGAGUUGAAUAAAAGUUGGAACCUUGAAAAA